ACCGCCCAUAAUGGCUUCCUCCACUCCUGAUCCAAAACACAUAACCAUCCUCGGCGCCGGCGUCAUCGGCCUAACAACCUCCCUGGUCCUGUCCUCCACCUACCCCUCGGCCCACAUAACCGUCCUGGCAACCCACUUCCCCGGCGACCGCUCGUUGCAUUACUGCUCACCAUGGGCGGGUGCAAACUGGUGUUCUUUUGCGCACGACAAUGGGCCGCUGGAAGCCUACGACGCUACGACGUUCCAGCGGUUUGGGGCGCUCAUCGACGGCCAGCCGGUUUUUGGCUGCCGGGCUGUGAAUAGCGGGGAGGGUAAUGAAUUGGGAUUAGGACGCAUGGGUAUGUGGGCUGUGUUUGAUGCGGAGAUUGGAGAGACGGGGAUCUUGACCGAGGAGACGGGAGAGGUAUGGUAUGAUGCGUUGGUUGGAGGGUUGAAGCCGCUCAGCGUAGAGCAAUUGCCAAAGGACGCCGUAUUUGGGGUGGAGUUCCCGACUACGUUCAGGAUUAAUACACAGGUUUAUUUGACUUGGCUUCAAGGCCAAGCGUUGAGCCGCGGCAUACAAUUCGUUCGUAGGACUUUCACGUCUGUUGCCGACGUCCUCGCCGACUGCCCCGAGACAACACUUCUAGUCAACUGCACGGGUUUGGGCUCGCUCCAUCUCACCGAUGUCCAAGACAAGAAUCUGUACCCCACGCGCGGGCAGACGUUCCUUGUUGCCGAGCCUAAGAUGCCGAUUGAAAGAAUGUAUCUCCGCUCACCCGCUCGUGUCGAUCCCACAACAACCUACAUAUUCCCACGCCCUCUCGGCGGCGGCGUGAUCCUCGGCGGGAGCCGGGGCGACAACGAUUGGAGUGGAGAAUGGGACGAAGAGCUCGGCCAAGAUAUCCUCCGUCGAUGCUGUGCACUGUGUCCCGAGUUGGGCAAGCCGGAGGACCUACAAGUGAUUGCCCAGAAUAUUGGCUUGAGACCUUCGAGGAAAGGCGGGCCGAGAAUCGAGGCGGAGAGGGGCACGUGGAAGGUACCGGUUGUGCAUUGCUAUGGUCAUGCUGGGGCUGGGUAUCAGUCGUCAUGGGGCACGGCAGAGCGCGUGUUGGAGCUGGUACAGCAGACCUUGAGCAUGAGUUCUAAGCUUUGAAGCAAGAUGUAUCACUCUUGGGGGGUCUUGCUGGUUGGAACAAACAGCGUGGGCUUGGAAAACAUGUGUAGGCAAUUCUUGGUGUCUGAUAUCGAGGAAAUUGGAGUUCUGGCUUUGAGGUUUGCUACAAUCCUCAGUCUCCAUCUUUGCAAUCGAGUUUAUAGAGGGAACAGAAAUGGUUACUCUCCACACAGCGAAAUGAAGCGCAAAUAUCCCAGUGCGA